AUUUCACCAAUUCCCAAGCAACUGUUAAGUGUAGUAACUGUGACUCCAGCCCUGACAGCGAGGCAGCAGUGUAUGCCUAUAUAUCCCAUUACAAAGAACAGUGUUACCUAAAGCAAUCAGACGCAUAUAAACAAGCAACAUAAAAAGGGGUAACAAGAGCGUCAAUAAUCCUUUUAAUUUAAAGACCCAAAAUGUGGUUAUCUAACACUGACACUUGAAAUGGGUGUAACUUUUAUUGUCAGAUAAGAACCAUGGUCAAAGAUAAACUGAUAUGGAGGUCUCUUGCCUUGAAAAUGUAUCAGCUCAGUCUGUCAGUGUUGAAGACAAGAUAGUGCCAUGGAAAGCGUUUGCAUUUGAUUACUGAUUGAUAAUUCAUUUUUUUUCCCAUAUUCAUAUACACAGGAAAGGCAGACGCCGAGAGAUAUCAAGCGGACAGAGUCGAGGGUGAGAGUUGGCGCAUGGAGGGUCGCAGUUUAGCCAACAAAGAGCGGGGUCACACCGGACGCUCACCGCUACACACGGCAGCCUACAACGGUCAUCUGUUGAAAGUGACUGACUUGCUGCAGCGAGGCUCACAGCUGGAAGCCCCAAGCCGCCUACCCUCUGAUAAUGGAAGCCACGCGCUUCACCUGGCAACCUUGAACCGUCACUUGGCCGUGGUGGAUGAGCUUCUGAAUAGAGGAGCCGACCCAGACGCCGCAGACCAGAGAGGGUUCCGACCACUGCACAUUGCUGCACAAAUUGGAGCUGAGGAUAUUGUGGAACGCUUGCAUAAGGCGAACGCCAACCUUAGCACGCGGACCAAAGCAGGUUUGCAAGGGGUGCAUUUGGCGGCAUGCAAUGGACAUAUCGGUGUACUCAAGCUGCUGCAGGACUACCACUGUAACCUGGCGGAACCUGACUCCAACUUGGCUAGGCCUCUCCACUACGCGGCAGACAUGGGGCAUCAGGAGGCUGUCAGGUGGCUGAUAAAAGCCGGUGUCUCCCUCACCGUGAAGGAUGGGGAAAAUAACAGCGCGGCAGACCGCGCCAAACUGAAGAACCAUCACGCCAUCUAUAACGACCUGACGGAAGCAGAAAAGAGAAGUGUCAUAAAGCACAAGAAAGGGAUGAAGCAGCGGUCCACGUCAGAGUUGCUUUUCUCCUACCAGGAGCGGUCCUUUAAACUUCAACGGCCCAAGUUACUCACAUCUUCCUCUCCACAUCUUUCUUCGUCUUCCGCUCCCUCUACUAGUUCAUACCAGGGCCAAAGGACCUUUGACCCUGGUUCAUGCAUCUAUGCGCAUACGCCUCAUCCAAAAACCAUAUCCACCGUCCUGCCUGACACAGCGGCGAAGCUCUGUGCCACGCUGUCUCCACAAAAUACUCCCACACAAAGUUUACAGUCACCCCAAUCCUUGCAUGUUCCAAAGUCCCCUCCACCACAACGCUUACAUCUAAAAGCAUCCCCGAUUCAAAGAACUUCCUUUCAAGGCGUACAAACACCUCAGUCCCCACCUACUCUGCCGCUACAUGAUGGACAAACUCUUAAGCCAUCCAUACAGAGAAUGAAGUCCACAGAAAACAAUGUAGGAUCAAUUGAGUUUCAUGGCAUUUCCUUGAAUUCCUCGCCUGUAAUUCUUGAUUCUUCUUCGUCCCCUUCCAUCGAACGUCCUUCACCAUCAGUUUCAAGCGUCAUUUAUUCCACAGACACUGUCACUUCUCGCAGCAGCACUUCAUCUCUCUCAUCAUCUGAUCUUUCGCAGUCUCCUACAGCUUUCAUUUCCACUCCUCUACCCUUUCCAAAAGAAGGAAAUUCAGUAAAAAACAGAGAGAAUAAGGUAACAGACGGCUGCAGUCUGGGCCAUGGGGAGCAAAAUCAUCCUGGCGAGUCACACCAUCAGCAGGCUGCUGUUUUGGACCUGUAUGUGCAGGAGGCUGUCCGGCCCUUCAAGGAGGGCCCUGACGUAUAUCCGUGCACCAGUAACCCUCGCGGCAUCGUCAUCAUCCUGAACAACAAAUCCUUUCACGACCAUCCAGAGCUCACCAGAUAUGGGUCAGAGUGUGAUACUAAGAAUCUGGAAGACGUGUUUCGCAAGAUGGGCUACAACGUUCAUUCUCGCUAUGAUCUCACACGCGAAGCCACGCUAGAGUGGUUCCGAGAAGUGAGCAACUACUCCAUUCUGGGGUCCGUGUCAUGUCUCUUUGUGUUUAUCUUGAGUCACGGGGAAGGUCCGAAAAUGUUCUGCACCUACGAUAACAAAGUCGUGAGCCUUGACGAGGUGCGGAGGUGCUUCCUGAACAAGUCGUGUCCUAGCUUGCGUGGAAAACCGAAGAUCUUCUUCAGCCACUUCUGUCGUGGUACCGACGAGGAGACUGUAAGUCAGUAUUCCGUAGAUGCCAAAAGGGAAGCCUACAAAGAUAUGCUCUGCUUGUACUCUUCAACGGAGGGCUUCCAGGCCCUAAGACAUGAGAGGCUGGGCACGCCGUCAGUGAGGGCGCUGUGUCUGACUCUGGCGAGCUACGCUCACUGCACACAUUUUCGUGACAUCAUUAGAAAGUUUCAAGAGCAAUACGAAAGUAUGGAGUGUGCAACGUCUCCAGAGGUUCAAGAUUUUAAGUUUAAAAAGUACUUUUACCUCAAUCCAACAGGAGAUAGUAGAUAAAAUUAACUUGUAAUCAUAAUGUAGCAACAACCUUGAGUUCUUUGCCUCUCAUCCACACUUUGUUUCAGCAGCGGAAGCAGUUUACUGACAAAAACAAAACAAAUCGAAAGAAAAAGAAAGUUCGCAAGGCGCUCCUCCGCCUGCUCCUGUAAAUUAUAUAGAACGAGAGACCAAAAAUGGGUUGAUUUCAGAUGAAGAAGUGUCAUGGUACAUCUCUAUCAACGGAGUUCAAGUCGUAAGCAGUAGGAAAUACAGCCAUAGGAAGGCCGUUCCAAAGUAUACCAGCGAAGGGGAUGAAACAAUGAAGAUGCUGGUUAACUCUUGCAAAAGGGAUAUCAAUAGCAUUAGGGAUAAGUCAAAUUCGUGUGCAGAGGGACCACGGGAGGGGUGGAGGUACGCAGCAAGCAAGUUCACAAGAGCUAUUAGCAUGAAAAUGUCCAUAGAAGACAGAUUAAGAGGCAACACCGCCGGAGAUAAAGAGGUAGAAGUGUCAGUAAGAGGAGGGGAGUUGAUGAGACGAAGAGGCUUUGAGUACACUCUGUCAAAAGGAACUAUAUGUGUGAACCUCCCCCCCCCCCCCCUUCCCAAAAGAUACCUACUCCAUACGAGGUCGGACAAGACAUUUGUAUAUGGACAGCAUCUGUGAAGGGAAAGCGAUGCACAACUCCUAACCUCUAGGCAGCUAAUUUAGCGAGAGGAGAUAUUUAAGUCACAGGCAAGACAAGAAAUAGAUCGUUUAUGUUUAGUGUAGAAGAAUGAGACAGCUGAGUGUUGUCAAAGAAUGGGGAAGAGGUGAUGUAAAUUGUCCGUUGUAAAAUGUAAAAUGGUAAAAUUGUUCGUUGAGUUAAUGUACAGUUUUUUUGUACAACAUUUAAUGCAUACUUUGGUUAUGUAGUUCCGAACAACGGUGAAUCUCGCCAGGAAGUUUUACGGCGGAUUGUCUUGUCCCACGGUGUUAUUAUGGACUUACUCAGUAUAUGGCAUAUCGCACGAGUACAUGGCAUUGUCGAUACCUGUGUAGAUGAACAAAGUUCCGGAUCUUCAAGUCCCUUGCGCCCCCUGUCUUACUCUGUGGCUGUGAUACAUGAACAUUAAAUUGGAACUUGGAGAAGGGGAUUGAUGCAUCUGGUAAUUAGUGUCUACGUAGAAUUAUGGAAUAUCGCUGGAAUGACCGUGUCAAACCGACGACUACUACGUGAGACUGAUUCGAAGCAUAGUCCGUCAACGCCAACUCUGGCUAUACGGAUAAAACUUGAGUGGAGGAGGUCACUGGGACGCUCACUGAGUUCGUGGCUUGAGCAGGUCGAUAGAUCCUGCCAGGAGGAACUCAACAUGAGAAAGAGGCUUGCAUGGGGACUCCCCCCCCCCAUUCCUGGAGUUUGUGUCGUAGUGUGGGAUAGGUGACGCGUCCCCCGGCGUACGCCCCCAUUGAUUGAUUGAUUUCUACAACAUGCCUCUCUGUUUGAACACAACCACAUGCACACAAACGUUUUCACCGUGGUAUGCGACCGCGCCCCCUCUUGUUCACCUCCCUGUCUCCCACGCUAGAGCGGCCACUUACCAGGAACCUUGUGAUAGAUAGUCUAUUAUUCACGUUGACAGUAUGCCUGUUAUUAUACAUAAUGUGUAACAAAACUUGGGUAAAUAUCCUUGUACGUCGGGCUUUUUUUUAUUAUUGUUUUUUUUUCUGUGCCCUUGAGCCGCCUCCUUUGUUGUAAAAAAAAAUAAAAAAUAAAAAAUGCCGUGAGGAAUGACUCAGUGUAAUAUCUGAUACCCUGUAAUAUCCCAACCUUGCCUCUUUAAAAUCUUUCACAGCG